AUGAAAUUCUUCGUACUGUUUUUGUUAGUAACUUUAAACCUUUUUCAUAUUAGUCUUGAACAUAAUGUAGAAGAGGAGAAGUGUGACUAUAUGAAUAUAUUUACGAAACCUCUAUUUUAUAAUUGUUAUGUUUUUAAAGACCACGGAAAUAAAAUUCAGCAAGGGUGUUGUAAGUAUUAUAAAGCUGUAAGAAAAGGGUAUGAAAGAAAAAGUGAAGAAUUAUAUAAAUUAUCUGAAGAGGAAUAUAAUAAACAAUAUGGAAAUAUAAAAACAGAUUUAAAUAAAAAUGAUUUAUAUUCAAUAAAUGAUAUAAUAAAAAAUUCUAUUAGUGAAAAAGAUAUGGAUGAAAUAAAACAUUUAUUUCCUGUAAUAGGUGAAAAAUUAUUAAAUAUGAAUGGACAAGAUGGAAAUAUAAAUAUAAAAAGAUCAAUAACGGAUAUUGAUGAUUUAUUAGUUGAAUUUAAUAAUAAGCAUUUUAAUUUAAAAGAUAUACAAGUGAAAAUAUUAAAUGGAAGUACUAAAAAUUAUGAUGCUUAUUUUAAUCAUAUAAAAGCAGAUCAAAAUUUUAUAAAAAAAAAAGAAGAAAUUUUACAGAAAAGCCCUUUUUAUAAUAAAACAUGUUUUAAAUCAUUAGGUGGGAAAAAUUGUAACAAUGGUAAUUUUAAUCAUAAUAAUAAUAAUAAGGCACAUGAAGAUGAUGAUAAUGAUGAUGAAGAUUUAAAUUAUGAACUAUAUGAACAAUAUAAAGAAGAUGAUAAUCUUAAUUCACCAUCUAAUAAUAUGAAUAAUAUACCAAAUGGAAAUGUUAAUAAUAAUGAUAAUACAAUAAAUAAUAUACAUAAUAAUAGUACAAAUAAUGAUACUUAUAAUAAUAGUGUUACAUAUAAUCAUCCUCAAUAUACAGAACUUGAAGAAGAUAACAUAAACAAUAAAUCAUCUUAUUAUAGCUUUACUCAAAACUUUUCUAUAGUUAAUUUAUUCUCACAAAAUCCAAGAAAAGUUAUGCAAAAGUAUCUUGAAUUUAAACACCAUUUAUCGUCUCCAUCUAAAGAAAAAAUGAACGGAUUUCUUGAUAGGGAAUAUUAUAAUACCACCAAAAAAUUAAACGAAGUCUUAGAAGAUGAUUUAAAAAAAACAGGAGAAACUAUUGAUCAAAAAGGAAAAAAAGGUUUUGUUUCUUCAUUUUUUGAUGAUUUAAUGUCUCUAAUAUAUUUCCCAAAAAAAAAUGUGGAGUUAUAG